CAACGCGACAGCAGCAGGGGCGCAGCGAAAGGAGACGACUUUUCAUGGACAUCCUCCCAUCAAACCACCUAUCCAGCAGCGUCUCACGCCUCUCACGACACAAAAGGCGACUCGCCGACGCGAAAAGAAAGGAUCUACUGCGGGCGCCUGAAGCUGUGCGCUGUGCCAAAUAGACAGUCGCUACCUCAUAGCUUCGCACUACAAAAUGCCCCUCGGCCCUCGCCCCAACCCCUCUUCAUCAUCCAAAAAUCCCCCCUCCUACGACAACCCAUACCUCUCCUCCUCUUCACUCGCCAACGCCGGCCCCGCAUUCCCAUCCACCCCUACGUCCUCCCAGAUGCCGUAUCCUCACCAAUCAUCCGUCGAAAGUGGCACUACCGUCCUCGAGCCGGUCGAGCACCGCUACGACGGGUUCAAUCCGGCGCAAGGCGUCAUGUCUGAUUACAGGCGCGCGUCCGGGGCGUAUGCGCCAAACGACGAGGCGAGACAUGGCGAGCAGGAUGUAGGGCUUUUGAGCGCCAAUCAGCCGAACGACGGGUACAGCUACGGAACGCCCUACGAAGAAGACCAAGAGCCGUACCGAGACCGUAUCGUCACUGCCUCGCCAUCUCUCGGUCCAUGGGACUCUGCCUCUCAGCGGUCGCUGCCUCAUCAUCCUACCGCAUUUCCUCUGCCACAGGCGAAUCUCGUACCUUUGGGUGGCGAGGGCAGUCAGAUGAAUGGGCACGUCAACAAGAAACCGAGCCAAAGCGGGCUAAGCUAUAUUGACGAGGAUGGAGAGUAUUAUCAUUCAGAGAGGAUGCGCCCUGCGUCGACAAAUCUGAGUUUGGCGAAGGGGGCUGAGGAUAUGGAGAUGGGUAAUGUGCACCCGGCCUCGAGCUAUGGCUCUGAUCCGUACAAGGAUCCUUAUCAAGAGUCGCCCUACCCAUAUCCACCCCCACCCCAUGACGCCAAUCCCUCAGGCUUUGCAAACUAUACCACGCCAAGCAACUUGUACACCAUGCUCCUCUUCCCUACAGGCCUGGAUAGGCUACUGGCAAUGGUCGGAAUCAAGACGGGGGCUUAUCCCAUCGAACAGGCGAUUGAGAGGAAGAGACGAGGGCUAGGCGGGCAGAGGAUACCGGUUGCGACGUGGGCUCUGACUGCUGCCAUGCUCGGAGUCAUGAUCUACGAGAUGGUCCGCAACUACCAGGCUAUGGGUACACCCAUCGCUAUCAAGCCGUCGUUCAACUACAUGAUUGGUCCUUCGGCUGAAGUUCUCAUCAAUAUUGGCGCUCGAUUCCCGCCUUGCAUGAAGAAUGUCUCGGCAUUGCCAGCGACUUUUGAACUAGCUUGUCUCAAUGAUACUUCAAGCACCCCAACGACUUCGUGUACGAUAGAAGAAAUUUGCGGACACGGCGGCUUCAACGGCAACACCCCAGACCAGUGGUGGCGUUUCAUCCUACCAAUCCUCAUGCACGUCGGCAUCAUCCAUUUCAUCCUCAACAUGCUCGCCCAGAUCACCGCUGCCGCCCAAGUCGAACGCGAAAUGGGCACCAUCCCCUUCUUGAUCACCUACACGCUUGGAGGGAUUUAUGGGUUUGUGCUGGGAGGCAACUUUUCGAGAGUUGGGGUGCCUAGUGUGGGGGCGAGUGGAGCGUUGUUUGCGACUAAUGCGUGCGUGUUGGUGGAUUUGGUCCUGCAUUGGAAGUACGAAGAGCGCCCGAAACUCAAAGCAUUCUUGCUAUUCCUCGAGUUUGCCAUAGGUUUCGCUAUCGGCUAUAUUCCCAACGCUGUUGACGGUCUCGCCCAUCUAGGGGGCUGGGCUAUGGGGAUUCUCUGCGGCAUUAUUCUCUAUCCCUCCAUCUCUGAAACGAAUAGACACAAGUAUAUCGUAUGGGGAUGUAGGGUGGUGGCCUUGGUGCUGGUUAUUGUGGCGAUGGUCACCACCAUCAAGAACUUUUAUACGGAUGAUCCCAAUGCGGCUUGCGAGUGGUGUAAAUACCUUUCUUGUAUCCCGACAAGCUCCAACGAGCACUGUACCGGCACCGGUAUCACCACCACAAAUUCAACGACGACAACCAAGCGUUCUUGGGAUCUUUUCUAGAGAUGUGAUUUGCGUGGAGACGACGAGGAGAUCUUGGGGGAAGAGAGAGAAAUUAUCACCUGCUUGGACAAUUUGACGACCUUUUUUGACGACCUUGUAUAUGAACUGACAAUUGCAUACAUUACCUUCUUCCUGUCACGAUCUUUGUAUUUAGAUAUAGAUAUACAUGACCAUGCCUAUGAAUCAUAUCACAUGUG